AUGCGUCCCUUGAAUCUUGUUCUCUUUUCGCUUGCGGCGUCUGCUGCACCCAUCGAUGGCACCACGCCUGAAUUCACCUGCAACGGCGAUGUGUGCUAUCUUCCUUCGCCCAAGCCUGUUGAGCCCACAUACUUUCUAGAGAAUGGGGAGCAAGUUCCCGACAUCUCUCAUUUCCCUCCACCACCUCGUCCCACCCCAACCGAGAAUAAGGAGGAAGCAAAGCCCCCCACCGACCUGACCGGUAGCGGUGGCUCCGGAAGCUCUGUAGGCUCAGUCGUCGGCGGUGUUGUUGGAGCUGGCACUGCUCUCGGUGGUAUCCUUGGAGCUGCUGGUAGUGCUGGCAGUGCUGCUAGCGGGGCCCUUGGCGCUGGUGGUGCGGCAGGGGCUGCAGGGACUGCAGGAAACCCUGGCGCACCAGGAAAUGAGGGGAGCGCUGGAAAUACAGCGUCUUCCGGUGCUGCCGGUGCUGCCGGUGCCGAUGGAGCCAGCUACGGAACCUUCGAGGGCGAUGUCAGCGAACUUCCUCCACCGAAGAAGCCCGUCGAAACCUAUCUCGAUGAGAAUUUACAGGAAAUCCCAGGCCCUAAUGGUGAUGAAAGAACAUUUGAGUUGAACGUCCACGGAGAGGGCGAAGGCGCAUUGAACGAAGGUGGCAAUCCUAGAAGAGGACGACCUGGACCGUCCAGAGCUGGACCUUCUCAAUCCCGUGGUAUCAACUUAAAUGAAUUCCGGGACAGUGAUAAGUCCAUUGCGCGGCAUUAUCUGCAGUCCGAGAACUCACCUCAUGUCAAGCCAUUUGAUGGAGGCAGGACAGCCGACGAAAAGAGCCUUUUUGCUAGUGUGAGGGAAAGAUACACCAACCUCAAAGAGGUCAAGGCAACCAGUGAUAAGGAGGGCAACUUUGCGGCCAGAGAUAGAGGCCGUUAUCGCUAUAUUGCUGGAACGAAAGAUGGGAAGGAAGUUCUGGUUGGAAUUGCUGAACAUGGCACCAACAGCAACAACUUCGUAAACUUCACACCCUUCCCUAAGCCACAAUAG